AUGGUGGAUUUCAAGAUAACAAUGCCACCAUUCUCCUUCUUCUUCUCACCUUACCUCUUCUUGGUGGUCAGUGCAUCUAAGCCAAUAUGUCCAGCUCGAAGCAUAUUGCAUUGCAAUUGCAAUGAUGAUUUUAGCAUGGAUUAUUAUGAUGGCAAAGUGCAAGUGGAUUGUUCCAGAGCUGGGUCGGAUGAGGAUAUAGCGGUAUCGUUGAAGAAUGUAUCGUGGCCCUCAACUGAAAUCUGGCAAUUCAAGAUUUACAAUAACACGAGAGCUGUGAAGCUCCCUGUUGGAAUUCUAGGGGACCUAACCCUGCAGUCCGUAUGGAUAAGCAAAACUGCUGUGACAAGGCUGGAUCCGUCGGUAAUCCUCCCUUCCGCGGAUCGUCUUGUGAACUUUACUCUGAAGGACAGUCGCCUGGAAGAGUUUCCUUUCCAUAUCACCCCAAGAUUACGGAGUCUCAAGAAUCUCUGGCUCCGGAACAAUUUAUUGACCUCAGUUCCUGGCCUCCACAGCGACUCCCUCGAGAUAUUAGACUUAGAAUACAAUAGGAUUGCUGCAGUUGAGGAAGACAAAUGGGUUACUCCAAAUUUGCGGGGACUCAACAUCGCGGCCACAGCAAGGUUGGGUGGUAGCUUGUCAAGCUCCAGUCGGCAAUUCAAGAUUUACAAUAACACGAGAGCUGUGAAGCUCCCUGUGGGAAUUCUAGGGGACCUAACCCUGCAGUCCGUAUGGAUAAGCAAAACUGUUGUGACAAGGCUGGAUCCGUCGGUCAUCCUCCCUUCCGCGGAUCGUCUUGUGAACUUUACUCUGAAGGACAGUCAACUGGAAGAGUUUCCUUUCCAUAUCACCCCAAGAUUACGGAGUCUCAAGAAUCUCUGGCUCCGGAACAAUUUAUUGACCUCAGUUCCUGGCCUCCACAGCGACUCCCUCGAGAUAUUAGACUUAGAAUACAAUAGGAUUGCUGCAGUUGAGGAAGACAAAUGGGUUACUCCAAAUUUGCGGGGACUCAACAUCGGUCACAAUCCGCUGUCGAAAUUCCCGUCAGCAGUGAUCAGGCGUCUGGGAAAGCUUCAAGAAUUCUAUUGUUUAGGGUGCAAUCUAGGAACAUCACUAGCAAAGGGGCAGCUGGAAUUCCGUACCGAGGUCUUGAAAACGGUAUCACUCCAGGACGACAGCCUCUCGCAAAUUGAACCAGGAGCCCUUGCAGGUGUGAGGGCUGACACGAAGGUUUACCUCUCCCGGAACAAUAUCACAAUAUUGAACGAGAAUGCCUUCCUACCCCUCCUGAAGAACAUCUCCCGCGGAGAUGGAUUGCUCUAUCUAGAAGGCCGGUUUCGUUGCCUCUCACCAGCCUGAGCAGCUCCCCGAGUCCAUCCC